GUUGCAGCUGGCAUAGGUUUUGGUGGAAGUUGAGGAGGAUCUGGUGCUUCUGAGGUACAGUGUUUCAGCUGUGCAACCGCCACACCGCCUCUGCCGCCAACCGCUAUUCGCUGACCCGCAAAGACGAUGUGGAAUCCGCUGAAGACACGGAAACCGGAAUUCCGGCUGGACUCGAAGGACGAGAAGAGAGGACGAUUCAGGAUGGUGCAGGGGGUGAAGCCGACGACGGCGGUGACGAUUGUGAUUGCGAUUGUGACGCUGUACCUGUACGUGCUGCCUGGACUGGAUCUGCGUGGGGCCGAGGAGGGACGCUACACGCCUGACUUUGGCGAGCUGCACGAGCACAACGUGGAGUACUACGACCUGAAGGACUACUCGCCGCAUGCCGACGGCUGGAACCACAACGAACGGGUCUUGUUUCUGGUGCCGUUGCGGGAUGCGUCGGCGCACCUGCCGAUGUUCAUGGAGAACCUCAAGAACCUCACGUACCCACACGCCCUGAUCGACUUGGCGUUUCUCGUGUCGGACACGAAGGACUCGACGAUCAAGGACUUGAAGCGGUCGCUGCUGCCGAUCCAGACGGGCGAGGACGAGGAGAUGCGCUUUGGACGCAUCAACAUCUACGAAAAGGACUUUGGCCAGAUCAUCGGCCAGAGUUUCAGUGACAGACACGGGUUCGCAGCACAGGGCCCCAGACGGAAGUUGAUGGCCAUUGCGAGGAACUGGCUACUCACCACGGCGCUGCGGCCAGACCACGCGUGGGUGUACUGGCGUGACGCCGACGUGGAGACCGUCCCGGCGACGAUCAUCGAAGACCUCAUGCACCACGACACGGACGUGAUUGUUCCAAACAUCUGGAGACCGCUUCCGGACUGGUUGGGAAACGAACAGCCUUACGACUUGAACUCGUGGCAGGAAAGUGAGGCCGGCCUCGACCUGGCCGACCAUUUGGACGAGGACGCCGUGAUCGUCGAAGGGUACAGCGAGUACAAAACGUGGCGUGUGCACUUGGGGUACGUGCGUGAUCCGUUUGGAGACCCAGAGGUGGAAAUGGACCUCGACGGUAUCGGAGGCGUCUCGAUCUUGUCAAAAGGGACGGUGUUCAAGAGCGGCGCCAUGUUCCCGGCUUUCUCGUAUUUGAAACACGCGGAGACUGAGGGCUUUGGGAAGCUUUGCAAAACAAUGGGCUACAGGGUCGUUGGACUCCCUCACUACGUCAUUUGGCACAUCUACGAACCAAGUGUCCAAGACUUACAACACAUGAAGUGGAUGGCAGAGGAAAAGAAAAACAGAGUCCAAAAGGCGAAGAAUAAGAGGAUGUACAACAAGAAAUGGACGGAGGCCUUUGUCGAAGUCGACAAGGACUGGGAAGUGUUGAAAUUCAACGUGUUUAAAAACACAGACUUGAGAAGAUACAUCCAUUUGGACUGGAACGACGUCGACGGAUAUUUGAAAUUGUACGAGGAGCCGGAGAACAACAUCUUCCCCGAGCUUGACACCAUCGAGGCUGAUUAUUCGUUGACCGAGAUGAGCCUGCGUUAUAAAAACGGCUACAUUCCUCCAAACGAGAUCUUCGACUCUUUCCCAAUAAAUAAUGCUGCUAGUCGUGACAAGUUCAAGUUUGUGAGGUUCGACGAGCCAGAACGGGAGAGCGAGAACUUGGACGACGUCUUCAACGUCGACAACAAGGUAAAUUCCAACAAGAACGAGGCGCAGCGGAAGGAGCAGGAGAGGGAGGAGAAAGAACAGAUUCAGCAGGAAACCCUUAAUGAACUAGAGGAAUCCAGAAGAGAGGUCGAGGCCGAGGUGCAGAAGGUCGAAGAUGAGCAUAACGAAGAGAUGCAGAAAGUCAAGGGGAAGGAAAUGACUCCGGAACAAUUAGAAGAAGAACUGGAAAGGCUGCAGGACAUGUACGAACAGAAGAAGAAAGAAAGAGAAGAGAGGAAGCUGAUUGAAGAAGCAGAAAGAUUGAGCAACCUCGCCGAAAAGAAAAAGAGAAAGAAGCUCCUGAAGCAGAAGGCAAUGCAGGCUGAAAAGGAAUUGCGUCGGAAGAUGGCAAUCGAUAGAGAAAUGGAAAGAAGACAACAGAUGUUCGAACUAGAAGAAGCCUGACCUAAUUAUUGCAGAAACACUCACUGCCAAUAGUUAUAAUCCUAAUGUACCUUCUGAAAGUUUAUAAAAAUAGAGACAGUACUAGUUUAUAUUAACUGAUAUAUUGAUAGUAAAAGAAGGAGAAAAGUUAUUUCCGCCAGAACAAAA